AUGCAUCUAGUUUCUUUCGUCAUUCUCAGUCUGAGCUUUUACCGUGCUCAAGCCGACUCAGCCCAAUCCAACGCUUCUAUGUCGGCUUCCCAACCCAAGGUGUCUCCUAUGCAGUGCGGCAACAUCUUCUUGCCAUUGUCGCCAGUUGAUAUUGCUGAAAUGCAAAGCAAGGGUGGUCUUAGUGCAAGCGAAAGAGCCAAAUUAUCCAAGGACCCAGUAGAGGCUGUCUGCAAAAGCACCGCCACAGGAACCGAUGGGGGUAUUUGCGACUUCAAGAGUUGCUCCGGGAAGCCUGCAGUUUGUGGUACCUGCUACCCAGUUACAAUGAAAGAAGGAAAACUUGUGAAGACUUCUGAGACCUCUGUAGAGAGUGUUGAAUGCGGAAAGAACUACUUCUUGAAAACCGAGAAGGACCAUAAUGUUUGCACUGCUUAUGAUAACAAGAUGUACAGCUGCGUUGGGGAAUGCAAGGCCUCCAUUGAAUGCCAAUCUUGUGUUAGGAUGGAUGACCCUGCCUUCAAACAGGCUUCCUAG